AUGGCGCCGGAGAACCUUCUCCGCCGCCCGCAGCCGGCAGAGAAGCUGACUCUGGGAUGCCCGGUGAUGGACCGCUGCCUAGCCGGCGGAAUCCCCUGCGAAUCCAUCACCGAAAUCGUCGCCGAAAGUGGCUCCGGCAAGACCCAACUCUGCCUACAGCUCGCCCUUCUCGCCCAGCUCCCACCCUCACUCGGCGGCCUCUCCGCCUCCUCCAUCUACCUCCACUCCGAGUUCCCUUUCCCCACUCGCCGGCUCCACCAGCUCGCCGCUCAGUUCCACGCCCACCAUCUUCAAGACCUCAUCGCCACCGGCCGCGACCAACGUUACGAUCCGAUGGAUGGCAUACUCGUGCAGAGCAUCCACACUGCCGACCAACUGCUCGACAUAAUGCCCCAGACGGAGUCUUUUCUCCAAAAUUCACAAACCCAGUUCCCCGUCAGGCUGAUCGUGAUCGACUCCAUCGCGGCAUUGUUCCGGUCUGAUUUCGAUAACACCUCGAUCGACUUGAUGAAGAGAUCUUCACUGUUUUUCAAGAUAUCCGGGAAGCUGAAGAGCUUGGCCUCGAGGUUUAGAUUAGCUGUGGUGGUGACUAAUCAGGUGGUGGAUUACGUUGGGGAUGGGAUGAACGGGUUAAAGAUUGGGAAUUUGGAGGAAUUGUAUUCUUCUGGGAGGAGGGUUUGUCCCGCUUUAGGGUUGGCUUGGUCGAAUUGUGUGAACUCAAGGCUUUUCCUUUCCAGGGAAGAAGAUGAGAAGGCGAAUAAUUGUUCGGUGGAACGAAGUGAGGAAGAUGGAGGGUUUGGUUCUCGGACGACAAGAAGAUGGCUUCAUCUUGUUUUUGCUCCACAUUUGGCUCCUUCAUCGUGCGAGUUUGUGAUCAGAAGAGAAGGCAUUUCUGGAGUUGACAGAUAA